UUAUAAUCACACGCCUUACAAGGCUUAUUUACAAAGCAGGAAAACCGCGUUUUGAUGUGAAACGCAGCCCAUUGCUACUUAAUCCGGAAAGUUGAUUGCAUUCAAUUCACGAAGACAAUUCAACAAAGUGCAGCUAAAAUGGUUUUUAAGCGUACGAUCCUUUUUUUGGCUCUGGGUUUAUCUUUCUGCCAGACGGAAUCAAAAUACCUUCUCCAUCCGAAGUUCAGAGGAAUGAUUAUGGAGAACAGUUUUGACGAGGCAUCAGGUCGGUGUCAAUAUUUGGACCACCGCUAUGAUGAAGGACAAGUCAUGGUUCCAGAUGACAAAUGCAACUAUCAGUGCACCUGUUACGUGUCUGAAUACUUUGUCGGAUUUCUGUGCGAGCCAUUGUGUCAUAGAUACAUUGACUACGUUGACUGCAUGCCAGGAUAUGAGAUGAAAAGUCGCAGGGUACCUGCCGGGCCUUCAGAGUUUGGAUGCGAGUGCAAAGUGUUAGAGUGUGUUCCAUCCUUCGAUAUCGAGUCAUUUCUCAACUCUCGAAAAUUACAAGGGAUGUAACUCUCUCAUGUGCAAGAGUGUAAUUUUGACAUUGGUAAACCCUAAGCAACCGAAGAAAGAAACGUUUUUGUAUCCCCAUUUAUCGAUAAGGAACUAGUUAUAUCUAAAAAAAAAAAAAAACUAAUGACUCCCCCCUAUUGACAGUCAUUUCUCUAUGAUCCCUCCUUUAUACUCUGUUAGCGACGACUGAUGCCCCCCACCGUUCCCCUCUGACAAACAUGUAAUCUCCCAACCCCCCCCCCCUUAGGGACCGAGUAGUGACUGGUUCCUUACCCAAAAGACUAUCAACUUUCUCUAUUUACUGUUUAGACGAGUGCUAAAUGAAUCUGUGUGAAUCUGUGUGGAACAACAGUGUAAGCGUUAACGCCACUUUGACUUUUAUUAAACGUUUUUGCUUCGUUUCUAGUUUCUAUUUUUCUCAGGUUGCUUCUAGUUUAUCUCUACAAUCCACCCGGUGGUUCUACGUCACAUUGCUCUGAAAAAAAAAAACCAGUGAUAACAACGGCAAAGGUUAAC